AUGCACCCACACGGCGAUUCCUACGGUCUUCCCGCCCCCCACGGGCCCUCGAGGCCGGCGCUGCGAAAGUCCGCGUCGCCGAUGGUCUCGGCCUCCGAGUCGCACACCUCGCCCAUGUCCAACGGCCCGUCUCGCUCGCACACGCUUCAGCGCCCGCCGAGCACCCCCAGCGGCGGGGUGCCGCCCCAACGGUCCCCCACAACGGGGUGGUUCGACCACGCCCCGACGCCGAACGGGCUGGAGUACUCCCCCGCGCGCUUCCGGCCGCCGGCCCACCUCAGCGAGCGGCUGGCCCGCCCCAAUAUUUUCGACGAGGACGCCAAUCAGGAAGGCCUGCUGACCUCACCGGACCCCAAUACCAGCAUCUCCUGCUCGCUUUCCCCUAUUGAGGAUGCGCAGUUUAAGGUGGUCGCCCCGCCUCGCGGCGCGUCCGUUUCGGCGGCCCCCCACACCUCCCCCACCCACGGCUUCACCCCGUUGCGCCCACCACAGCGGUAUUUCGGCAACCAAUGCGGGGCCCUCAUCGAGGAGCGGGAUAUGACUUCGGGAAGGGUUAUCGCGACGUAUAAAUGUGCCGCGGAGCUUGGGAAAGGCGCCUUUGCGAAGGUGUUUGUUUUCAUAAACAUCCAAACCUUACAAUCCUACGCCUGCAAGGUGGUGGAUCGCGCGAAACUUGGCCGGAAGGGUGAGGCUAAGGUUAAUAUGGAAAUCGCAACUCAUAAAAAUAUGAACCAUCCGAACAUUGUGAAGCUUUACCGUGCAUUUAGUGAUGAUUUUUAUUACUACAUACUACUAGAGCAGUGUUACCAUAAGGAUUUGCUAAAAAUUGCAAACGAGAAGGGUACAUUCUCCCCGCGCGAACUACAGCACAUCUUUCACCAGCUUACAAGUGCAGUGGAAUACAUGCACCUUUCAAGCAUCAUUCACAGGGAUAUAAAGCUAGGCAACACAAUGAUGGACUUCAAGGGGAAUUUAAAAAUUGGCGACUUUGGCUUUGCUAGCAGACUCAACUACCCCAAAGAGCGCAAAAUUCGCAUGUGUGGUACACCCAACUACAUCGCCCCCGAGGUUCUCAGUUCCAGUAAAACCAAUAAGGGAUAUGGGUUUGAGGUGGACAUUUGGGGUCUUGGAGUGAGUAUGUUUAUUCUGGCAUUCGGCUAUCCCCCUUUCGAAGGAAAAGACAUCAGCUCUACGUAUGAGAGAAUAUUGAAGGUAGAUUAUAGAUUUCCCUCUCCCACUUCGGUACCUGAGAGCUGUAUCGAUCUUAUCCGUUGGAUGCUCCAAAAGGACCCCUAUAAGAGGCCCACACCCAUACAAAUUCGCCAAAGUGAGUUUCUUCGUGGUUUGGAAUACAUCGGUGCUUCACCAUCUUCGCUAAUUCCAUCACCGCCACUGUUUACUGACACGAACUUUUUAUCCACCAAAACGUCUCCGAUUGUGAUGUGCUCACCCUAUGCUCCUACGCCAAGCUCCACCAAAGAUUACACCCAACGAGAAGUGGUGAAAGAAUGCGAGACGAGGCAGGAUUGCGCGGCCGAUUACGAGGUGCGCAAGGUAUUAUCUGAGUUUCUUAACACCAAUGAUCAUCAAACUGAAAACGAGACUCCCACACCGCUAGAUGGGCAUGGAAUUGGGCAACGCUCGAGAAAACCGCCUCCCCCUGAUGUGUUCUUUCGAAGUGCACUCUACGCUUGCAAGUAUGGCCAUGGAUUCCUCGUGGAAUGCAGAGGGAAAGAGGCAUCUUCGUUGUUAUUUAAUGAUAGAACCAAAAUGAUUUACAUUCAUGAUACCGACACAGUCUUCUAUCGCGCUCGCCGCCGUCGGCGAGGUGAGCCGCAUAAUGAAUAUCGCACCUGUAAUGAGUCUCUCUGCAUCUAUCGAAACGCCACCAUGACACUGAAUGCCGAGCUCACCGGUGUGGGCGUGGACGGCAUCGAUCCAUAUCAAGCAGCAGCCCAUAAGAAGCUUGGCAUCUCCAAAUUUCUUUUUCCAUAUCUUAACAAGUCCUCCUCCGAUCCAGCGGUGCCACUUCUUUGCUCUACACUAAAAAAACGCCUAGUUACCAGCUCUGCGUUGUUUUCAAAUGACCCAUACAAAAACGACGACGAUGCAUCAAACUUUUUUGUGAGGGAAGUCGUCAUGGAAUGGAUGUCCAACUUAGCGGCGAAGUAUGAAAAUACGGAUGUCCAUUUCACUGUUUGCAGAUUUUCAAACUUAUCGUUUCAACUUUCGAUUCAAAGUGGUAGUGUAUACCCUGUGAGCCUUAUACCAUGUGUUGAGACCCCAAUCGUGGCUCGUGGUUUGCCGUGGUGUCUGGAUUUACUUAUUUACUCUGGAUUCCAUAUGGUUUUGGGAUUUGAAACUGAGAAUAUUCGUUUUUAUCAAUCUUUUAGAGAUAUAAGAAACGACACCAAAAUGAUGAAUAGUGGUCGCACUUUUUUUGCCGCCGGAUCGACUUCUAACAAGCUGCAAUUCACCAUUCCUGUGGAUCUUCUUCAACUAAUCUCUCUUUUACUCAAACGUGUACAUUGCCCGAAUGACAUCGCUGAUCGUUUUAGGUAA